CAAAUUAUUUUCAAAAUAAAAAUCUCCAAUAUAAUUUUGACUUUUCAGAAUGGUCAAAAUUGAGUAUUUAUUGAAAUUAACAGAUCGAAGAUGAUGAUGUGAGUAGAUGGAUUCAGUGGAGUUACAACUUCCAGCUGCUGUUGUUACUACAAUUAUGAGAUCUUCUGCUUGCAGUACUUCAUUUCUUCCGGAUAAAGAUGAUAACUGUAAUGUGAAUGGUUCAAGACCAGCUUUCUGGAACAAGAUCUCUGAGGAGGCUCUCUACAGGCAAGCGGGUCAAGCAUUACUUGAACAUGAUCUGGGCUCUGGGCCUGAGGCUAAGCAAUCACAAUGGAAACUUGGGAAAGCAACUAGAAGUAAUGGCAGUAGCUCUAGAAGAUCACGAGUAGCACAUAUGGAAGCUUCCAUGAAUGUAGCGGGAGUAGUUGAUGCGAAUGAUCUGCCAAAGGAUCUAGGAUCUUAUUCUGCUAAAUAUAUCAUUGCAGAGAAAAAGCAGAAGACAUCUGUUUCUGGGAAGCGAAGUGAUAAAAGAAAUGGUAAAGUGCUUAAGAAUAAAUGUGAUUCUUUCUCUGUGAAGGCUGGUUUGUCAAGUUUCAGUUCGGCUGCUAGUGGAAAUAACAUACUUGGAGUGUAUGGUUUGAAACACGAUAUAUGUGAUUUUGAAAAGCAUGUGGAUGAGGUAUCACUGAAUGAGCUCCUUGAUGGUAGUUACAAGUGUCCCGAGUCUGUCAAAGAGAAGGAAAAGAAACCUGAAGUUUUAAUUGGAAGUAUUUUGCCAUCAGUUAGGGAGGCUUGCUCAGUUCUUCAACUCCAGAAACAUAAUCAAACCCCAACCGUGGCUGCUGUAGAUGGUACUUACAACCAUAGCACUUCUUGUAUACCAAAAUCUGCAAUAUCUGGAGCUACCACCACUGAUGAAAACAAAGGAGUUGCAUCAGAACCAUCAUGUGACAAGGUGGAAGCUUCUUCCUCGGGUCCUGCUGAUAUUCAUGCCAAUAUACUACAGUUUCCGUUGUUCGCACCAAAAGAUGUUUUGGACCGCCUAGCUCUUCCUCCUCCCAAGGAUCUUGAUCUUAUGCUUCUUGACAGUAUGAAGCCUACAUCAACAUCAAAAGCAGUACAAAAUGGAGGUAGUUUACCAACUUUUCCAUGGUCACAUGUCUCUGGACGAGAUUUUAAAGCCAAUCCAGAUAUGGUGAAGUCAACACCGAGCAAGAGUAGUUGUCAAGGUAGAUGGGUCAGAAUGGGGAAGUCAUCCACUUCUUUAGGAGACACUACUACUGCCACUACUUAUCUUGCAGAUUUUCAGUCCCUGACAUAUAAUCAGAGUCUAGUUCCAUUAGGACUGCAACAGUCAGUCCCAACCGAGAAGGAUAAGUCUCCUCUGUUAUCUAUCAGCAAUACCACUAUUGAUCGAGGAAUAACAUCUUCCGAUGCUCGUACCACGGCUUCUAAAGGUUCAGCUGGGCAUCCUUCAAGGGAAUUGGCUGCUGCUCAAACACUAUGCAACAUUGCAGCUGAAUACCGUAAGCAAGACCAAGAAGGGAUGGCUAGAUGGCAAAAGAAACCUUUUCAGAAAUCCAUAAGGACUAGCAAGUUGACAUCAGACGAAAAACUCGAGAAAGCAUUAUUUGCCAUCCCAAUUUCAAAGUCUGGCGGACCUACCAAAUUCUCAUAUGGUCCUGAUGUUACAAAGAAACAUAAACUGUCUGUUAAUGAGAAAAGUAGUGAUCUUAGCAAUCCCACAAGAGGACCGUUCCAUUGGCCAACUAAUCAAUCCAGCAGAUUAUCUUCAAGCAAAAAUUUCAAGAAUGUACUUAUGGAAGCAAAACACCAUGAAAGUAGUAGCAACCCCUUGAAGAGAUCAAUCGCAAGCCCACCUGCAAGAUUACCAAACAAACCCCCAAAGCUCAGAAAACUUUUACCAAUGGAAUGGAAAAGCCGGGUUGACCAUAAAGGUAACGGAAAGUACUAAAAGGUGGAUUCUUGUGGUUAAUUAUGUUGUUAGUUCAUUAUAUCUGCACCCUUUUUUAUGAAGUGGUAGUUAAUGUACAUAAUUUUAGGGUUUAUGGGGUAGUAGUAUCUGUAGUACAGAAAAAGUUUCCCUUGUCAGGGUGUAGAUCAUUGAAAGAGAACCUUUGUGGUGUCUCCUUUGGCUUCCAUAAUGCUUGUUGUAACCGUGUAUGUAACAGGAGCGAUAAAAAAGAUUCGCCUUUUUCCUUCCAA